UUAAAUUAUGAUAUGGUCGAAAGUUUCAACUUCUCCAACGCGUUAUCGAAACCCUUCCUCAGCGCCGUAGGUUUUUCCGAUAUCAUCUUGAGCUUUUGUUCUCGGCUUCGACCCGACGCCUUCUUCGUCCGGGUUUUCCGCAUUAAGGUGUGUGAACAAGGCAGAGAGGCGAAGCGAAGGAAAUGGGCAACAAAUCACAUGUCUUUUCUCCUUUCUUUCUUCUUGUUCUGCUUUGCUUCCAAUCGGUUCUGCUUACAUUGAAAGCAUCAUCUGAUAAGAUAUAUAUUGUCCAUGUGAGAGAAGGAGAAAGUAAGCAUGAAGACCCGGAGGAGCUCGUCAUGGAUUUGCACAUCCAAAUUCUCACUUCUGUUCUUGGCAGUAAGGAUGAAGCUAUCAGCUCUAUUGUCUAUAGCUAUGGAUUCUGCAGUUUCUUUAGAUUCUCUAGUUUUGCUGCAAAGCUAUCGGUGCCCCAAGCUAAAAAAAUCAAAGAGUUGCCUGAGGUGCUAGGCAUAAGGCCAAGUCGGACGUUGAGGCAUCUGACGACAAGCAGCUGGGACAUCCUCGGCGUUGACAAUUCCGAACUUUCUGGCUUUCUUCGAGCAAACCACGGCAAGGAUAUCAUCAGUGGAGUCAUAGAUUCAGGUGUAUGGCCAGAGGUGAAGAACUUCAGCGACGGGAGCUACAGCCCAGUGCCGGUGCAGUGGAAGGGGAAGUGCAUGCCAGGCCAACACUUCGACGUCCACAAGUGCAACCGCAGGCUCAUUGGCGCCUACUACUACAAGGGUGGAGUCACCACCAAGCUACAGAAGGGCGACUACCUCUCUGCGACCGGCAACAAUGUGUCUAACGUUGACGUGUACCAGAUGCCCGGCUUGCCCCUCAGCGCCACAACAAUUUUUCUUAAUUAAGUUUAAUAUUGGUGAUGUUUAACGCCUUUGUAUUCCAUGAUAUAAUGAUUUCUUAGAUCCAGUUGCAUAUU